GAACGAGCGUAGCUACGCACGUGCACCUGCAGAAAAAGAUAAAGAGGAAUCGGCCCAGUAGCACGAGCAGAGAAUAAGGAACAUCCCCACCUGUUUUCUGUUUCUCUUCUUCACUACACCUGGCGUGCGCGUGCGCGAUCAUUAGGGCGGCCGCCGCCGCCCAGGUCUUCGUCGGGCCCUUUGCCCGCCACAAGAACCCAGCACACCAGCCCGAUUAGGUUGUUCUUUACGGUUACGGAGCAAGAUCCAUUUAGCCAUGGUGCUGCCGCAGUUCGCUUUUCAGAAGUUUUGGGUCUUCAAUUGAACCCUUGAGUUUAAGUCCGAGCAGCCACACAACCAUGGCUGUGGCUGCCGGCGUGUCGGAACCACCAAUUGUGGAGCAAGUGAUCACUGAAUUCUUUGCCAAGAGCCUCCACAUCAUCCUGGAGUCGCGCUCACCCUACGACUCAUCGCGGAACUUCAUACGACCCUCCCCACCGUCGUCACCACUGGCUGGCAGCCAGCCGCGUGACCGGUGGUUCAAUCUUGCUCUCCGGGACUGCCCUGCCGCACUUGAGAAUUUUGACCUAUGGAGACAGAGCAACCUUGAGCCUCUGGUCAUUGACAUUGUCCUCCUUCAACGUGACAAUACCAAAACCACCAGUGUCGGGGCCAGCAGGAUCAUUGAGAGGUGGAUAAUAAAGUAUGAAACUAGCAGAUCUGGAAAUAUUAUCAAGAACAGUGGCAAGAAAGCUAGAAGCGGCUCUUCUCAGGAUCAUAGCUUGUACAGGAGGGCAUACAGUGGGUCAACAGUGUUAUUCCGGUCAUUAUAUCUGGUUGUCAGGCUCUUGCCAGCAUACCAUCUUUUUCAGGAGCUCAAUUCAUCUGGAAGGAUCUGUCCCUUGAACCUCUCACACAAGAUUUCAUCAUUUGUUGAGCCAUUCACCCGCGCAGAGGACGCAGAGAUGAAACACUAUGCAUUUGCUCCGAUUGAAACUCUGUUUGGUUCCUUAAGCUUGUCAGUUUCGUAUGUGCCAGUGCUGGACUUGGCUGCAGUACCAGAGCAAUCCUCACCGAUGCCACCAGAGCUUAUAAAGGAUUAUGUUGGAAGCCCCACAACAGAUUUUCUUAGGAAGCUUGAUUCCCUACCUUCAGAUGGCAUUGCACCUGGAUGUUUUCCAAUGACCAGGAGGCACAGUUGGAGCACUGAGCAUGGAGUUAGACAGUCGGCAUCACCAUUUCCUAUGAGUUCAGAACCCCAUGGAUGCCUACAGCCACGUAUGCCUACUGAUAAUUCUCCAACAGCAUACUCACAUCCACAUAACACACCAUCAUCUGGGAAGGAGAGAAAUACAGUAAAUGAAGAGUAUUAUCCAUCACCACCUCUAUCACCAUCACCAUCCCAUUCGCCUUCUAGCUACCCAAGAAAUCCUUUCUUCCGAUAUGAGAGUCCUCCUUCAAGUAUUCCCACAGUGAUGGCCGGUGGAGGUUGUAGCAGACUGCCUCCUUCUCCACGUAGGAAUGAUAAGCAACAAUGCUCAUCUCAAAAUGAGAAUUUGUCACAUUCUCCCAACAAUAAAUCAAUAGUAUCAAAGGAUCUGGUCAAGCUUAGUGGGUUUCGGAAUGAGAAGUCUUUGCAAAAGGUUUUAUCUUUUAGUAAUGAUGAUUUGGUGUAUUUUCGUGGACUAAAGUUGACCCGUACCUCCAGCAAACUUUUCAUCAUGGAUGAGCUGGAUGAGCGGGAGUUGGUUUUUGCAUGGGAAGAUAAAGACACCAUCAUUGAUCAGCUUAACAGGGUUGAUCUUUCUGACAGGGAGGACCAUGAGUCGAGUCAGGAUCUUGGAGGCUCGUUAACGAGGUCUCCAGAUGCAGCAAUCGGUAUUCUCAUGCGCAUCCUAAAGAACGCUCCAGGCCUCAGGGAAAGGCUACUGACAGGCCCUAGCGCCCCGGUUCCUCAAGAACCUUCUUCACUCCAGAGGGUAAUGACCGAGGAACAUGGCAGCGGCGCAUCAAGCUCUGCAGGGGUGCCUUCUUCUCUUCUGAGGUCAAGGACAGCGGCGGACACGCUGGAGGAGCUGAACAAGUACAAGGAGAUUAGAGAAUCAAUACUGAACCGCGACAAAGGGCAUUCCUGCAGCACCAAGCUGCUGGAGGAGAAACCCGCGGAUGGAGAUCGGUAGCAAUAUACGAAAGCCUGCUGUACAUAAGUAGUAGAAGCUAGCUGACCGUCCUUAAGUUGCUGGUGUCUGCUGAGAUGAUUUUGGAAACUAGGUAGCUGUUAGGAGUGACCAAUAACUCUUAUAUAUUUACAUGAUACUAUAUAUAUAAGGUAUGGAAGACAUAUAUCGCCAAUGCAUCCAUCCAUCCAGGUGCCCUGAGAUGAUGACCCACUUGCUGGGUUGUGUAAAGUCGAGAUGUUUAACUGAAGUUCAUGCAGUGAAAAUGUGACACGCAAUCAAAUCAGCUCAGAAA